CAAAUCUCCCUCUCGUAUUCACAGGGAGGAGUAGAAGAUGAAGUGACCCUCUCCGCCUAUAUCACCAUCGCCCUUCUGGAGAUUCCUGUCCCAGUCUCGCACCAUGUUGUCCGCAAUGCCCUGUUUUGCCUGGAGUCAGCCUGGAAGACAGCACAGGAAGGGGCAAGUGGCAGCCAUGUGUACACCAAGGCACUGCUGGCCUAUGCUUUUGCCCUGGCGGGUAACCAGGACAAGGGGAAGGAAGUACUGGAGUCACUUAAUGAAGAAGCUGUGAAGAAAGACAACUCAGUCCAUUGGGAGCGUCCUCAGAAACCCAAGGCACCAGUGGGGUGUUUUUACCAACCCCAGGCCCCCUCUGCUGAGGUGGAGAUGACGUCCUAUGUGCUCCUCGCUUACCUCACGGCCCAGCCAGCCCCAAGCUCGGAGGACCUGACGGCUGCAACCAACAUCGUGAAGUGGAUCAGGAAGCAGCAGAACUCCCAGGGUGGCUUCUCCUCCACCCAGGACACAGUGGUGGCUCUCCAUGCUCUGUCCAAAUAUGGAGCAGCCACUUUUACCAAGACUGGGAAGGCUGCACAGGUGACUAUCAUCCAGUCUUCAGGGACGUUUUCCAAAACUUUCCAAGUGGACAGCAACCAUCGCCUGUUACUGCAGCAGGUCUCAUUGCCACAGCUGCCUGGGGAGUACAGCACGAAAGUGACGGGAGAAGGGUGUGUCUACCUGCAGACAUCCUUGAAAUACAGUAUUCUCCCAGAAAAGGAAGAGUUCUCGUUUGCUUUAGAGGUGCACACUCUGCCUCAAACUUGUGAUGAACCCAAAGCCCACACCAGCUUCGAAAUCUCACUGAAUGUGAGUUACACCGGGAGCCGCUCUGCCUCCAACAUGGCGAUCACUGAUGUGAAGAUGAUCUCUGGCUUCGUUCCCCUGAAGCCGACAGUGAAAAUGCUGGAAAGAUCUAACCACGUGAGCCGGACAGAAGUCAGCAACGAUCACGUCUUGAUCUACCUGGAUAAGAUAAGAGACCAUCCAGUCUAUUUGCAAAAAAAAACGUAG